AUGUCCACAAGCACCCCACAGGAUCAGUUUGCUGCCCUAGUUGCAAAAAACAGCAAGUUGAAUGAAACCGACAUCGAGGCUGUUUAUAACAAGCUUUCAGCUCUUCCCGUCGAUUUCCUCCGUGGAGAAUGGAAGGGUGGAAGCUUCGACACCGGCCACCCAGGCCACACCCAGCUUUUGGCUAUGAACUGGGUUGGAAAGACGUUCCACGAUACCGAGCGCGUCGACCCUAUUGUUGUGUUAAAGGAUGGAAAGCGUGUAUGCGAUGAGAACUGGGGCCAUGCUAUCGUCCGUGAGGUUCGUUUCCGUGGUAUUGUGUCAACCGCUAUGAUCUAUGACAAGCACCCUAUCAUUGAUCACUUCCGCUAUGUUAAUGAGAACCUCGUUGCUGGCGCCAUGGACACUAGCUCCUUCGGUGACGUUGGUACCUACUACUUCUACCUAUACAAAUAG